UUUGUUCUCUGUGCCAGCCAUGAUGAAAGAGUGUGUAAGAAAUUGGUGGAAUUAAAUAGAAUUCAUUCGUUGUCAGAUGACUGAUACUAGAUGAAGAGUGUUGUAAGGAAUUUUAGAGUAAAAUGGCAUCUAACUUGAAAGAAGCGCUGACAGAGGAGAUAGCUCUUGAGGGUUUAGAUGGUAUCACCAUUAACACAUUAUGGAUUAGGUUGUCAGAGAGAAAGAACUUCACAUUUAGUUUAGAUGACAACUCCAAGCCGUAUCUGUGGAAGUGUGUUCUAGAGCUGAGGGGUCUAGAGUUCUAUCGGUUGAGCAAACCACGGUCUGAUCUUAUUCCCUACAACAGGUUCCAUUAUAUUGACCCAGAAACCAGACAUAACUUAGAAACAGAACAUAUUCCAGAUGACAUUUAUCCUUUGAAAAUGAUUGAUGAAGACGGUGUGCUUGGUUCAUGUGUUGAAUACAACUCCCGGAAGAAUAUAACCGAGCAGAUUAGAGGCAGUAAACCCACACUUGCUGAAGCUAUUGAGGAGUAUGGGAAAACCCUGGUUAUUGUUGCAUCACAGUCGAUUAGGCAGCGAACUCUGAUAGGAGAUGAAAAUGACCCUGAGUUUGAAUUUGAUGCUUUCAGCUUUUGUAUACUUGAAAGGAUUGGCAGAUCAAGGUCUAGCGGUGAAGCAUCACAUGGGAAGCUCAGUCUACAAGUGUUCAAAGAGUCUUCCAAGACAAUGUUUUACAUGAUGAAGAAAUUAAAACGACUCCGUAUCUUGAAAAAGCAGAGGUUGACUGUGGUAAAGAAGCCAACUAAUGCAAAGACAAACUGUUUCCUGUAUCACCUGAAUAGAUACUACCAGGAAGUCGGGAACAGAAUAAAUCAGGAGUUAAUGAACUUAUCAGUAUACCUGUCAGCAAAACCAGAAUGCAUGGAGGAAGUCUUCAAAGUGAAAACUGAUCUUAAACUGUUUGAUAUGUUCAAGAAGGUAACACAACAUACAAUGCAUUCAGGUGAAAGAUAUUUUGAAUUCAUAGAUGUACCAUGGCGAGAGAGAUACCCUGAUGCCAAACCCAGAGAUUAUCUAAUGAAAAACCACCGCCAAGAGAAAAAGAUUAGGCAUAUUCGCCUGAUAAGAACAAUAGAUGAGGUGGCAAAGAGUUUGAGAAGUGACGCAGAUAGAGAUUCUGCUGAUGAGGAGGAGGGACCAGAGGAAGAAGACGAGACCACUGGUGAUGAUGUUCCAGCACCAAAACUGCAGUACCACAGAGUUUUUGACGAGCCAAACUUGUACCAAGUGAUGAAGUUGAUUAACAAAUCCGGGUCAAAAGGCACGUCGCAGGUAGAUUUGCAAAGUAUCAUGAAUGCUCCCCGGCUAGCAGUGAGGAGGAUCUUAGUUUUUCUUCAGAAGGCAAAUUAUGUAACAACUGUAUUAGAGGACAGAGGAAGGCAGAAAACUAUUAUGUACGUAGGUGUGCACAAUGUACAGGGGAACGCUGCCAGACAGAGCGUCAAGGAUGAGAUGAAGAAGUUCCAAAAUAUCACUGUCGAACCUGUCGUACCUGUAAAGGAAGAUGAAACACCUGGUAAACCAACCAAAUCAGGAAAAAAGAAAGCUAAAAAGGAAAUGCCAAAGAUAACAUUUAAUGAAGAGCAGCCAUCAGAUGAUAAGGUGUCGGAGAUUCGAGAAGAACUGAGUCAUCUUGAUGAUAAUCAGCUUGUUACCAUGAAUACCAUAUCUCCGGCAAAACUUGCAUUAAAGAGGGAAAUCAUGAUGGAAAUGUCACAAGAUGCAGGGGUAAAAGUUGUGAUUGAAGACAUAAUACCUGAACAACUUAUAGAUAAAAAGACGGGCAAUGUGAUCAGAGGAAUGGACAGAUUUGGAAGUAUGUUGACAGAGAGCCAUGUAAGAAGAGCUAACUGGAUGCUUGAAGUCAUAAGUGCGAUCAAAAUUGUGGAAAACUUUCGUCUGCUUAAACUGCUAAGGAACAGAGAAAAGGAGAUCAACCUUACAAUCAAUAUGGACCAGAAAUCUCUGAAACGAUUGGUGUGUGCUCUGUGUGAAGAGGGUAAAAUGAAGUCGUUUAAAGCAACUAUAACCAUGGAUGAAAGAACAAAAGAGUUUAUCUAUCUGUGUGCACCAACCGUUAAAACUGAUGAUGAAACUCUGUUGAGAAUGAUCGAUGAAGCAAAGUUACGUUACUUCAGUGUGUCGCAAGAGGAGCUUAGAAAUCGGAAAUUGUUAAAGAAAGUCCAGGCGAAUGCUAAAUCUGAAAAGGGAAAGAAAGAGUUAGAAAAGAAGAAAGAUAUUCCAAAGUCAGCUAUGGAUACAAUCAAAAGUCACCAGGAGUAUAGAAAAAAGUUAGCCGAGAAAGCCCCUGCUAUGAAGUAUGAUCGUAAAGCAGGGAAGAGGUAUGGUCUAUUACCAAAGAUGUUAAGAAUUCAGGCUGCCCACCAGUACUUGUUCUAUCUUAGCUACGAUACACAUGGUCAUCCUGUGAAAUCUGCACCCAGAGCAGCCACAGUCAGCACUAGUCAGGAUAAAAUAGGAAGCGAAUCUGUACCUGAAGCAGAUACCAAUGACAAGGAACAGAAUAAGAUAAGAAGUGAAGCUGAACCAAAAGCAGAUGCAAGUGGCAAUGGUCAGGAUAAAAGUGGAGCUGCAACUGCACCUAGAGCAGAUGCCGAUGGCAAUGGUCAGGAUAAAAUGGGAGCUGAAACUGCACCUAGGGCAGACACCAAUGGCAACAGUCAGGAUAAAACAGGAGCUGCAACUGUACCUAGAGCAGACGGCACUGGUCAGAAUAAAACAGGAGCUGCAACUGCACCUAGAGCAGACGGCACUGGUCAGAAUAAAACAGGAGCUGCAACUGCACCUAGAGCAGACGGCACUGGUCAGGAUAAAACAGGAGCUGCAACUGCACCUAGAGCAGAUGGCACUGGUCAGAAUAAAACAGGAGCUGCAACUGCAACUGGAUCAGAAAAUUGGAGAGGAGAAGAUAAGUUGGAUAUUGGUGGUGGAUAUUCACAACCUGUUGAGAAUGAGCCAGUGGUGUACAAUGAUGAAUUGACCUGGAGACGAUAUUUGCCACCUGUACCAGUACAUACAGGUUAUCCGAGAGGUUGGGUGUUGCUGAGCGACUGUUUGCUCAACAUGCCAGUCUGUCUGUUAUGCGAGGUGGUCAAUGUCUGCUACAAAAUUGAGGGGUUGGAAGAGGUUCUAGAUCAUCCCCAGAAGAGAUUUUAUCCUGUUAUAAACCUGCCAUUCUCACUGACUGCACAGCUGCUACACUCCAAAAAGUAUGUCCAGUCAUUCUCAACAUUGUGUUGCUACUUGGCUGAAAUGGGUCUGCUCUCAUUUGGUCGGGAACUGCUGAAAGAAAAAGACCAGAUGUUUAUCUACCUACACAAGAAUGCCUCUCUGUUAGACACAAAGGAAUCCAUGAAGGGGUACAACAAGACUCGAGCUCCGGAGGGGCAUGUUUUCCCUACCACCAGCUUCCACUUUGAAGAGCUAUGUGAUCUGCAGCCAUACUGGGAAAUCCUGCAGAUCACUGCAGUAAAUAGUAACCUUGGCUGUAAAUCAAUGGUCCAUGACGAUCUGGAAGAUGAUACAUCAUUUGAGGUGAAGUCAUUGAAACAGGCAAGUGCUUCAUACUCCCCAGAGACAGUUGAAGAUGUUGGCAUUCUUCCAGGCGACCUAAGGGGUGGGGCUGGACUAGAUUCGUCACUUUUCAGCCAUACUUUGAAAAACUGGUCAAGUUCUGGUGUCUUAAAACCUCCCAGAAAGUACAAGAAAUUGGCAAUAGGGCUAGGACUUAAAGGAGGAUUAGACGUUGAUAGUAAAAGAGAAGUUGUGGAUCAAUUCAACAAGAACCGACUGAUUGGGAAAGAGAGACUGGUUCUCUCUGAUAAUCCAAAAAGCCUUGGACCUAAGAAUGUCACACAGAUGAAAGGUAACCGUUGUUGA